GCCUACAAGAUUUUUCUUGAUAUGACCUCGAAAAACAUCACCCCUUCUCCUACCACAUAUAACACUUUGAUCAACGGGUUGUGCAAGCAUAGGAAGGAAUCCAAUGCUUUGAGACUCUUUAGGAACUUGCAAAGAAUGAAUUUCCCUAUGGAGCUUGUGGCAUACAAUACGAUGAUUGAUGGGCUUUGCAAAUCCGGCAAGUUAAAUGAUGCUAGAAAGAUCCUUAAGGAGCUCGGAGAAACAAGCCUUGUACCCGAUAUCAUAACUUAUACGACGGUUAUGAAGUGUUGCUUUAGAUAUGGAAAGGUCGAACAAGGUCUUGAGAUUUUUUCCUCAAUGAUAGACAACGGACACACUUCAGAUGUUUUUCCGUAUUGUACAGUAAUUAGUAUGUUACUUAAGAAAGGUAGGAUCAAAGAAGCUAGUACUUGUGCAGCAUCAAUGAUAAAAAGUGGCAUUCAGCUUGACAAAGCAUGUUAUAAUACUCUAAUCUAUCUCCAUUGCAAGGAGGGCAAUUUGGACAGUGCGUUCCAGUUGUUGAGUGCUAUGGAACAACGUGGCCUCGAGAGUGACGAAUACACAUUUUCUAUACUGGUUGAUGGCUUAUGUAAGAUAGGCUCCAUUGAUGCUGCUGAAAAGCUAUUACAUUUAAUGGAGAUGAGGGGUUUGGAUUCCAAUUUGGUAGCCUAUAAUUGCUUGAUUGAUGGGCUGUGUAAGUUUGGUGAGGUGGAUAUGGCCAUCAAGCUACUUAAUAGUAUGAAGUGGAAGGAUUCUUUUGCAUACACAUCAUUAGUUCACGGUCUCUGCAAGGUGCGUAGGUUCCAAAUGGCAUCCAGAUUCUUGCUAAAUGGUUUAAAGGGAGGCACUAAUGUGCUAACGUCUGCCCAACGUGCUGUUAUUUCUGGUCUUCGCCGAUUUGGGUUUAAAAGGGAUGCAAGGAAACUCCGGUCCGCAAUACAUGUUGCUCGACUUUUGCAGUAGUGUGCUAAGUAUGAAAUAGUAUGACAUGACAAGAGCAUGUAAUGUUGUAUGUGACUCAGGAAGACUUGCCAUGAUUGGGGAAUAGUUUUGGGAAGAGAGAAACAAACUGCUUAAUGAUUUCUUUCAACUGCGGGACUCCUUGAAAGUUGAAACAAAAGUUGGCACGUGCAACGUGAGUGCCUUUAAUGACUCUGUGAAAACCCUUUUUGGGAUCAUUCAAACUAACUUUUUGGCUACUAUUCAGGCUUCUUUUUUUUUUUUUCAACGCCAUGAUCAAUUUUCAAGAUGCAACUCUACAUUGUAUGCUGAAAGCACUGCACUUUCUUUUAAUGCGACAGUGCUAGCUUUUAUCACUUCGGAUAUCCGUCUGCCCUUAAACUUGACUUGCAACUUACCCUGGAAAAUGCUCUCACGCCGCUCUUCUUUAUAUAUAGAACGUCAGUGUAUGCAGCGAGAGGUGCCAAAUCAUGCCUGUUUGCCCAUUAAAGUUGCAUUGCAUGUGACCUGGGUUCAGAACAUCGAUCAUGGGACUGUUUGGUUCAUAUGCUGUGAACCAUGUAGAGCAACAAAAACUCCACAGACUGCCCAAUCGACAACGAUGUACAAUAAACCUCUGAUUCUGGUCACUCUUUAUAAUAUGUGAAUUCAAAAGGAUUGGAGCAAAUGCUGUACACAGUGGAUGCCUGGUUAUGAGCUAUUUAUUUAUUUUCUAGUGAGCGAAGGGAUGAUCCUAAGAAGGCAAGUCAUAAUAAGAAGCUUCAGCUUGUGUAAAAUGCCUAAUCUGCACUUUAUUUAUAACCUACACAGAAGAGACAAAUUGGUAUUAUCAAUUCCUUAGAGCUCGAUAUAGAGAUUCAUGGCAUUCUUGCAUCAGUUACUUUGGUGAGAUGUGAUGGGAAAUUAUAUACUCCAGUAUUCAGAUCAUCAGAGAGUCAUGCUCAUUUGAAAUGGUUGCUAUCUUCAUUGUAUUCUUGCAUCUUUUGCUAAGGGAGCAUUACAAAGAAUCCAAGAUUGCUAUUUUCCUGCAAGAAGGGAUCUAUUAAUCUAUUUUUUCUUUUGAUUCCUCGUUCUCCUAACGAGCAAGAAGCCAUGAAAGUUCUCUGCUGUGGCGUUGUUUGCUAACCUCACUCAUAAAAUUGAAUGUCAACUGUUCUUCGUCAAUAAAUUUUUAGUGUGUUUAGCUACAAAUAGCAUAAAGUCGAAACCUUCUGAGGCAAUUGUGGAGGUAACAUGCCCUGGAAUAUGUGUAAAUUUUCCUUUUAUUGGUAUUUUAAUAGGCCAUAAACACUUCAUGGAUUAUUACUCAGCA